AUGGGGGGGGGCCCUCUAUUUGUUGACCCGGAAGUGCGGUCGCCCCCUACCUGGUCAGGUGACCGGAAGGAGGUGGUGUCCGCGGGGGGCCGCUGACGGCCGCUCCCUCCCUCCCGGCAGCUCCCGGCCAUGGACACCAGGCAGCAGCAGCGGGUCGUGGCGCGCGCGGGGGCCGCGUUCCGCUCGGGCCGCUCCCGCCCGCUGGGCUUCCGGCUGCGGCAGCUGCGGGCCCUGGAGCGGCUGGUGAAGGAGAAGGAGGCGGAGAUCGCCGCCGCGCUGCACGCGGAUCUGCACAAGAGCCAGUGCAAUGCCUACAGCUACGAGAUCCUGGGCGUGCUGGCGGAGAUCGCCCUGGCCUUGGACAAGCUUCCUACCUGGCUCGCCCCGCAGCCUGUUCCCAAGAAUAUAAUGACGCUGACAGAUGAGGUCUACAUCCACCGUGAACCGCUGGGCGUGGUCCUGGUUAUUGGGGCUUGGAACUACCCCUUUGUCCUGGUUAUGCAGCCUCUAAUAGGGGCCAUUGCAGCAGGAAAUGCUGUAGUAAUCAAACCUUCCGAGAUAAGUGAAAAUACAGCAAAACUUCUAGCUGAGCUGAUCCCACAGUAUAUUGACAAGGACCUGUACCCAGUUAUUAAUGGAGGGGUCACGGAGACAACUGAGCUGCUAAAGGAGAGGUUUGAUCACAUCUUCUAUACCGGGAGUUCCCAGGUGGGCAAAAUUGUCAUGGAAGCUGCUGCCAAGCACCUCACCCCUGUCACUCUUGAACUGGGUGGAAAAAGUCCGUGUUACAUUGAUAAGGACUGCAACCUUGACAUUGCCUGCAGACGGGUAGCUUGGGGAAAGUAUUUGAACUGUGGGCAGACCUGCAUUGCCCCUGAUUACAUCCUCUGUGACCAAUCCAUCCAGAACAAAGUAGUGGAGAAUAUCAAGAAGACUCUCAAGGAAUUCCAUGGGGAAGAUAUAAAAAAGUCUCCAGAUUAUGAAAGGAUCGCCAACAAGCACCACUUUAAAAGGCUCGUGACGCUGCUGGAAGGACAGAAGAUAGCUUACGGAGGAGAGACUGAUGAGGCUACAUGCUUUAUAGCCCCGACUAUACUCACUGAUGUUAGUCCAGAAUCCAAGAUCAUGAAAGAAGAAAUUUUUGGCCCCCUCCUUCCAAUCGUGACUAUAAAGAGUGCGGAUGAAGCAAUUGAGUUCAUCAAUCAGCGAGAGAAGCCGCUCGCCCUUUAUUUAUUUUCCAAUGAUAAAAAGUUGAUCAAAAGGAUGAUAUCGGAGACGUCCAGCGGAGGUGUCACUGCAAACGAUGUCAUUAUGCACUACACUCUCCCAGAUCUGCCCUUUGGUGGAGUCGGGAACAGUGGAAUGGGCAACUACCAUGGCAGACACAGCUUUGAGACCUUCUCCCAUCGCCGCUCCUGCUUAAUUAAGUCUCUGAUGAUGGAAAGUGUGAACAAAAUCCGGUACCCGCCAAACAGUCAGAGGAAGCUGGACUGGGCAAAGUUCUUCUUCUUGAAGCGAUUUAACAAAGGCCGACUGGGACUCAUUGCUCUGGCCCUGUUGGGAGCCAUACUGGCUGCGGUGAUAAAGGUGGCCUACUCUUGAAGAAAAGUGACCUGACCUGCUAUACCCAAUCCACAGUACUUGUACCCUGAGCGCACACUUUAUGUAAUGACCUUUUUCAACUUGAGAGUUUUACUUUUUUUCUAUGAAAUGUUAAGGGCACAAAGCAAUGAGAGGUAAAGUAAGAAUGCACUAGCUAGUAACAGUGCUGGGGCUGGCACUUCAUGUUGAUUUGAAAAGCCAUGCGGCAAUACAGGGAUUAAUGCAACAGUGGGCAUAAAGUAUUGGUCAUGCAACCAGCGAGAAGAGAACUGCAAAGCAGGAAGCAGCAGCACUCUCCAUUCUGUAUAAAGACCAUGUCAGACAUGGGCUGCUUAUGUCUUCUCAGGACUAUCACCUCCUGAGCUCGCCCAGUCUAUGCUGGAGAGCUAGAACCUGGGUUUACAUUUCAGUCUGUAAGCCAUCACAGUUCAGUUCCUCCAAUGAUUUUUCCAGAGUCCUCCAAAAAGAGGGAAAUCAGGACCUGAUACACUUAAUAUAAAGAGUAAAAGCCUAAAAUAAAACAGAGCCUGUUUACAUCUUAACAGGCAGAGACAUUUUCUUUAGGGUUCUUCCCUUUUAAUGGGACCUGUCUCAGCUCUCUGUGAGCUAAGCUCAAGCGUGAGUAGUCUUUUGGCUUUUCCAAGGCCGUGAUCAGGUGUCUUGAUGUUUUUGGUCUUCUAGCCUCAAGAUGAAAGCCUUGUCUGUGUCUCUGGGACCUUGAAGUCAAAACAUUAUCGAAGUACUAUCUUCCACACCUUGUAAUUAGUCUUCUAUGUCUUCCUUUCUCGUGUGGUGGAGACAGAUUUUACUAAUACUCAAGACCAGUUCUGACUAAAUGUACAUUGAGGCUGCUGCUUACCUUCUAACCCAGGACAUGUAUCCCUAGAAUCUCCCCCAGAAAAAAAAAAAGAUUGUCCCCUCGUUAGCCCUGUAAUUCAAUCUGACAGCACAUUCAACUGGCUGCAGCUUCCAAAGGGAAAGGCCUGCUACAACUGUUAGAGGGUUGCAAGGUAUCUCAUGUAAUGCUGCAGUCACCUGUGCUUCUAUCUGCCAGGUGUGCGUUUUGUGAUGCAGGGGCUGUGUUUGGAGCAUUUGGAAUUAAAGAACUCACUCUUGGCAUAUUUCCAUUUGCUGCUGGAGAGAAGUCAGAACAUACUUUCAAGUGAAGUAUACCUAAUCUUAUGAUGACACCAGUUAAUUAACGGGGGACCUAUUUCAGCUGAAGGGGAAGAGACUGGAUAAACUUAAGCACUAGAAAAAAGCAAGAGAGAGUCCUGUGGCACCUUUAAGACUAACAGACGUAUUGGAGCAUAAGCUUUUGUGGGUGAAUACCCACUUUGUCUGAUGCAUGUGGGUAUUCACCCACGAAAGCUUCUGCUCCAAUCCAUCUGUUAGUCUUAAAGAUGCCAUAGGACUCUUGCUUUUUACAGAUCCACACUAACACAGCUACCCCUCUGAUACUUAAGCACUAGAAGAGGUUCCAACUUUUUUAAACAAUAAGGAAAAUAAACAACUUGAUAUACUAUUAGUUUUUCAAUAUAAAUUCUUUAAAUUUAUUUGCCUUUUGUUCAGUAGAUGUAAAUGGAUGCUAUUUAGUGAAAUAUAUAUGUUUUGAAAGUACUAAAUAAACACUGACUGACAAACAGGAA